AGGGACUCUACUAUUGACAAACAAACCGCCAUGCCAUGUUUGAUCAGUUAUUUUCUUGAAUCGUGUCACUUUUUUCAUGAAUCAACGUACUUUUAUCUGUGUUUUCCUUCGAUCCCGUAUCUCUGCAACUAAUUUUCGCACGGCCCAACUCCUUGAUCUCUCACGCUCAAUUUCAUUUAAUUGCAAGUCUUGAUAAUGUCUGUCAGUGAUCCUUUACUGAAGGAAUUGAAGGGCCACACCUUAAUGCUGACAAAAGCUGCCAGUCCUAUCAGUGACGAAAAUUCAAACUUAGAAGCAUUCUGCCAGUGCUUGGAAAAAAUAUUUCAGAAAGGUCUCAUCACUCAACACAAUGCGCUUGGCUUUUACAAAUCUCCUGAGAGUUGGGAUUGGCUCAGAAAAGUUGGCUGUAAAAGAGGUCCAUACAGCUAUCAGUCAUCUGUCAGUUUUGUAAAUGAAUGUACCAAAGUUACCAGUAGCCGUGGCAGACUAAGACUCCUCAUUAGAAUGUGUCUAAAUCAAAGAUGUAUACAUGUUCCCAUUCAGCUACUGAAUGAGCUUGAAGAGAGCUUAAAGUAUUAUCAAUCACGUCAAUCAAUCAUUGGUGAUGAAGUCUUACGAGAAAUUUUCCUAUCGGUCCUAAGAUUGUGUAGUCGCCUUCAGUUUAAGUUAAACAUAAGCAAUGCAAGAUUCCUGGAUGAAACUUGGAUCCUGCCUGUUUACCGCAAGCUUCAACUAGUACCUUGCAAGGAACUUGGAGUGUCUGUUCUAUUCAUCAAUUCCCGAGCGGUCGUUGUGGAUGUUCAAGAAGAAAGUGUAGCAUCAGAAGAUGACAAUAUUUGUGUCGGUGACAUCAUCGAUGAACUGAAUGAUUUCUGUAUCGAUAGCUCCCAAGUUGGGAACUUACAGAACAUUAUGCGUCAUCAUACAAAUCAACCAAUCUCUAUUUGUCUUAUCAAACCAGUUUUAAACAAUGCCAUCUUUCCACCAAUGAUGUCCCUCCUCUGUCAGGCAAACCUGGACCCUGUUUCAAUCCAAUACGGGAAAAGCUCAGUAUCCAAUUUAUCACGGACACCUUCUCGUAACAGGGCUGGUCAUUGUGUAAGAUAUAUAGGUAAUAUAUCAACCGGUGAUAAUGGUGAUGUGAAACGAAUUCACUCGGCGAUAGACUCAACAUUGAACAGAUGUGGUGAAUUGGUCGGAGUCUCUUGUUGGUUUGACUGCUUGGAACUGGAAGUUCAAGUUACGUGUCAAGAGACAAAUGAAGUUCUCCUCAAGCAUUCGUAUACAGAAAUCUCAUCUUGCGGUAGAACAGUCAACCGGCCAAAUUACUUUGCUUAUAUCGCAGGGAAUACAUUGCUCAGCUUAAGUAAACAGUUCACAUGCUAUGUUUUUAGUAUGAAUGAUGUGUCUGAAAUAGAUACCAUUCUUCAAAAUAUAGGGCAAGGAUUCAGGAGAACUAAUUUUGCUGUGUGAUGGCGUGCUUUGAUAUUAGGAAUAUUACCCACCAAAGACUAUGAAAGAUCUCAUUACUAAAAAAAAAUUGUGAUUUCAGCACUGUGCAAUCAAAAAAUGUUGCAAUUACGUUUACUGUGUUUCAAACAACACAUGAUUCAUUCUAAAUUGUUUUCUUUUUAUUGUUGAUAAUUUUUACCUGUUUCUUCCGUUGAAGUGAAUUACCAUGUUAUUCAGUAGUGUGUUAUGCCAUGUGCAAUAAAGCUCUACACAACUGAA